CGCGCACCGGCGCCCGCCGCUGACGUCACUGCAGCGCGCACCGGCGGGGGGCGCCUGAAGGUGACGGUGGGAGCGGGGCCGCGGCGAGCCCCGCCAUGGCCGCCCGGCAGCUGCAGGCGCUGCGCCGCCUCCACGCCGCCGCCUUCUCGACGGCGCCCAAGAAGACGCAGUUCGGCUCGCUGCGGGAUGAGGACCGCAUCUUCACCAACCUCUACGGGCGGCACGACUGGCGGCUGAAGGGCGCGCUGCGGCGCGGCGACUGGUACAAGACGAAGGAGAUCCUGCUGAAGGGCGUCGACUGGAUCCUCGGCGAGAUCAAGGCGUCGGGGCUGCGGGGCCGCGGCGGCGCCGGUUUCCCCACCGGCCUCAAGUGGAGCUUCAUGAACAAGCCCCCGGACGGCAGGCCCAAGUAUCUGGUGGUGAACGCGGACGAGGGGGAGCCGGGCACCUGCAAGGACCGGGAGAUCAUGCGCCACGACCCCCACAAGCUGGUGGAGGGCUGCCUGGUGGCCGGCCGCUCCAUGGGCGCCCGCGCCGCCUACAUCUACAUCCGCGGCGAGUUCUACAACGAGGCCUCCAACCUGCAGGUGGCCAUCAGGGAGGCGUACGAGGCCGGGCUGCUGGGGAAGGACGCCUGCGGCUCGGGGUACGCCUUCGAUGUCUUUGUGGUGAGGGGCGCCGGGGCUUACAUCUGCGGGGAGGAGACGGCGCUGAUCGAGUCCAUCGAGGGCAAGCAGGGCAAGCCCCGCCUGAAGCCGCCCUUCCCUGCUGACGUGGGCGUCUUCGGCUGUCCCACCACGGUGGCCAACGUGGAGACGGUGGCCGUGUCCCCCACCAUCUGCCGGCGCGGCGGCGCCUGGUUCGCCAGCUUCGGGCGCGAGCGCAACUCGGGGACGAAGCUCUUCAACAUCUCCGGCCACGUCAACCACCCCUGCACGGUGGAGGAGGAGAUGUCGGUGCCGCUGAAGGAGCUGAUCGAGAAGCACGCCGGGGGUGUCCGCGGGGGUUGGGACAACCUUCUGGCCGUCAUCCCGGGGGGCUCCUCCACCCCACUGCUCCCCAAGUCGGUGUGCGAGACCGUGCUGAUGGACUUCGAUUCCCUGGUGCAGGCGCAGAGCGGGCUCGGCACGGCCGCUGUCAUAGUCAUGGAUAAAUCGACCGACAUCGUCAAAGCCAUCGCUCGCCUCAUCGAGUUCUACAAGCACGAGAGCUGCGGGCAGUGCACCCCGUGCCGGGAAGGCGUCGACUGGAUGAACAAAGUGAUGGCGCGCUUCGUGCGGGGUGACGCGCAGGUGGCCGAGAUCGACGCGCUGUGGGAGAUCAGCAAGCAGAUCGAGGGCCACACCAUCUGCGCCCUGGGCGACGGCGCCGCCUGGCCCGUGCAGGGCCUAAUCCGCCACUUUCGCCCGGAGCUGGAGGACAGGAUGCGGCGCUUCGGGGAGGCCAAAGCUCGAGCGGCCUCAGCAUGAGGAGGCAGCGGUGGAGGACAGGGGGUGGCAGUGCGCUUCCCAGCCCGGGGGGGCUUCGUGGGGGCGAGGGGCUUCUCGCCGCUGUUGGGGGCUCCUUAAUAAACGCUGCUGUGCUCGCAG